AUGGCAAGACAAAUCUCUGUUGAUCACUCGGCAAUGGAUCUGCUCGUCGAGACCAUCGCUGAGCUGACAAAGCUGCCCUCCAUCCAAGUCACUACAUUCAACCAAGAAAAACAACUCUGGUCAGAACUUCCAGUACUAGAGAUGGAGUUGCUUGAAAGAUUCACUGGUUUAAGCAGCACACGACCUACUGAAACCCUGCAAUAUACUCUCGAGCAGGAGCCGUGCAUGGAUUGGGAUCUUCAAGCAGCCUCGGAGUAUAUCAUACGAGCUGGAGAGAAUAUCUUCCAGAGGCUGGAUGACCCAAAGUUCUCGGAGUUAGCAUUCGAAGGCGGACCCCUGUAUACUGGCCCUAAAGGCGUAAACAAGGAGCGAUGGGACUUCUGGAAGAAACGUUUUCGUGAGUGCGGCGAGGCUCUUGAUACAGAAAGCGGUGUUCGGCAGCGGGCCUCGGAAGCCGCUGACAAGAUGGAAAAGAUAGAACAACAAGUAGAACACUAA